UGAACCGCAGCUGCCCCGCAAGGAGCGCCCACGGCAAAGCCCUGUGUCGGGGCAGAGCGCAGCCCCCGGUCCCGGUCCCGCCCGGCCGGGUCACAGCCGCUGGCACCGCCCGGCCACCGGCCCCCUCCAAAACUCUGCCCCCGCCGCCUGCCAGCUGCCGCGCUCCGGCUGGUGCCUGCAGGUCCAAAGAGGGUAGGGGAGUACGGGUUAUAAUUAACAGAAUUAAAAAUAGGCCUUCAAUAAACUGAACACCCGGAGAGGCUAGAAAUUUGUUGUGCAAGUGGCACGUUAGGAGGAAACCGGACUAGUAUUACUCAAACAAAGGUAAUCCAAGACACCGCAGCGCGGGAGCUUCGGCUACCAGUAAAAGCUGACACUGGAGGAGAUAUGCACAUUUGGGAGGGGAGCACAUUCCACAGUGGAGCUCUUUGUAAUGCUCUUGGAACAAUACAAGAUCAUCCUGGGAAUAUCACUUGGUGAAAACUUGCUGUAUUCAAGAGGCCAAAGCUGCCACUAAGGAUGGCCUGGGACUCCUUGUGCAGCGGGGACUUACGGCGCCCCAAGAUAAGAAGCACCUCGAGGUGGACGCCUGGCAGUCAGAGCAGUGCUGGGACACCAUCCCUGGAGGAGCUGCGGCGCCUGCUCUGCACACGCUCAUCCCCCACGGGGCACGUGGAUGAAGUCUGGCCAAACCUCUAUGUGGGAGACCUGUAUGUUGCUCGUGACAAAGCCCAGCUGAGCCGAAUGGGCAUCUCCCACGUGGUGAACGCCGCUGCCGGGCGAUUCCGCAUCAACACUGGGCCCACCUUCUAUAAUGACUUGCCUGUGCACUACUACGGAGUAGAAGCAGAGGACAACCCAAACUUUGAUCUCAGCAUUCACUUCUACCCAGUUGCUCAGUACAUCAGAGAAGCACUGAAUUCCCCAAGAGGCAAAGUACUGGUUCACUGUGCAAUGGGAAUCAGUCGAUCUGCAACUCUUGUCCUCGCUUUCCUAAUGAUCUGUGAAGACAUGUCCCUCGCCGACGCAAUUCGGACUGUGCGCUCACACAGAGGGAUCUGCCCCAACUCCGGCUUCCUCAAGCAGCUUCAGGAGUUGGACCUCCAGUUAGGAAGGGGGACGGGCAGAGGAGCAGAGGCCUGCUAGCGCCAAGAAGGCAUGUCUCCUGACACCAGACCAAGAGAUGCUGCCCUCACUGAAGACUGCAAGGAUGCUGUCAGGACUGCUCUGCAGAUGCACUGAGAAACUUUGGGAAAAGGCUGAGCAUGAGCAAACUGUUAGGAGCUGUUAGGCAUGUGUUUUUUGGAUAAGCCCACUAAUUGGAAAGAAAAUGAAAUAAAGAAGGAUUCAAACUGGCA